CAGCCAUGGCGCGGAUCACAGAGCAACUUAUUAGGCAACGGGCAGAGCAUAAUAACUGUGAGAUCUUUUCUUUGGAAGAAAUUUCCUUACACCAGCAAAAUAUAGAGAAAAUAGAACAUCUUGACAAAUGGUGCAAGAAUUUAAAAAUUCUCUAUCUUCAAAACAACUUGAUUCCCAAGAUUGAAAAUCUUAGCAGACUGAAGAAGCUUGAAUAUCUAAAUUUGGCUUUAAACAAUGUUGAAAAAAUUGAAAAUUUGGAAGGUUGUGAAGAAUUGCAGAAGUUGGAUCUGACGGCUAAUUUCAUUGGGGAAUUGUCCAGUAUCAUGGUCCUGAAACAUAAUGUACAUCUUAAAGAGCUCUUCCUGAUAGGAAAUCCAUGUACUGAUUUUGAAGGCUAUAGACAGUUUGUGGUAGCUACUCUUCAUCAACUCAAAUUUUUAGAUUGCAAAGAGAUACGACGUUCGGAGAGGACUCAGGCCUUGCAAAACUAUCCUGAAGUAGAAAAACAAAUCCAAGAGCAGGAACAGACCUAUUUUCUUAAAAGAAGCGAAGAAAAAGAAGAGGCGCAAAGACGGAUGCAAGAAAAGUGGGAGAAAAAGAAAAAGGAGAAGCAAAAGAAACAUAAUCCAGGAUUUGAUGGACGAUGGUACACAGACAUUAACUCCACCACCUGCUUCUCUGUAGAAGAGAGAGAGAACCUCCAGAAGGCUGAAGAAGGAAAUGAAUACCAUGAAUUAGUGAUAGAAGAAGAUGAUGAAGAAGAGAGAGCCUUUUGGGAGGAACCUGUGCCUCAUACUCCGGAGGCUAGGUUAGAGGCUCACAGAUACACUGAAGGAAAAAAGAAAGCAAAAGAAGAUAGAGAACAAAUGAAGAAAGUGAAGCCACCAAGGACUUUGAUCACCCCAGAAGGAAGAGUUCUGAAUAUAAAUGAACCUAAGCUUUCUUUCUCCUUGAAAGAUGAUGAAGAAAACAACCAGCUCAUCCUGGAUCUUGCUGUUUACAGACAUCUGGAUAUCUCCCUGCUUGAAGUUGACAUACAGCCUACUUACGUCCGAGUAAUGAUCAAGGGAAAGACAUUUCAACUCGUGCUUCCAGCAGAAGUGAGGCCGGAUAACAGCAUUGCUAGAAGAUCUCAGACAACUGGGCAUUUGGUUCUCAGCCUACCAAAGGCUAAAGAAAUAAUCAUGGCUAACCAAAAAGCAUCCACUCCUCAGAAACCCUGCGACACCAAUAAAUUACGAAGGAAUCUAAGAAGAAAUGAAUGUACAGAGAAGCUGGAAGUGGACCCUAGCAAGUAUUCGUUCCCUGAUGUAACAAAUAUUGUCCAGGAACAAGAUCGGAUCGGACAAGGGCCUUUAAGGCUUCAGCGGCAAAAAAUAGUGGAUGCCGAGAACAGAUCUGUGGGCUUUGAUGACGACAACCCAGAUGUUCCACCUUUAAUUUGAAAGAUUGAUAUGGAGAGAGUUUCUCUUGAGUUUAGAGCACUGUGCAUUUGUUGAAGGAUAAGCUUUGUGCCUUUUAUCUGAUGGCCUUAUUCUGUUGUAUAAACAAAUGGAUCUGCUUUUC